GUUUCCAGCCACGUGCUGUAUGCACACUGAUUGAAGCAACCACCCGGAAAGUUCACGAUUCUGCGCUGUGGCCGCAACGCCUUCGCUUGGCUCCCUUUUGGGGUGGGGCAGACGAAAUAACGAAAUGACGAACGCAUCAGUUUUGCAGUGCAGUUUUGUGAGGGUUUGUUAACUGGGAUUAGGCACGCCAUCGCUCGAUAUAUAGCGGCGGGCCAAUGCGUUAAGCCAAAAUGACGUAAGCUCUCGCACGAAUAUGUCAACAGCUCAACCGAAACUUGGCCAGCGUGUACAAGUAGCGGGCAAGCAUCAACUUAGCGGCCGUGUCGCCUAUGUGGGGCGCACCACAUUCGCUGGCGGCCAGUGGUUCGGUAUUGUGCUGGACGAGCCGCGUGGCAAAAACAAUGGCACUGUCCAUGGCAGCACCUACUUCAAGUGUGCGCCCAACUGCGGCCUCUUUGUGCGUGCCCAGCAGCUGCAGCCGUUGCUAGGCUCCAGCCCCAUGGACGAACUCAAGCGCAAACAGGACAAUAAUCGCACAACGGUGAGCAUGCAACGUGAAACGAACAAGCUGAAGCUGACCCACAGCAGGCAGCGCAGCAGGCAGACAGCAGCAGCAGCAGCAGCAGCAGCAGCGGCAGCAGAAGAGCAGAGGGAGGCGAGCUCAUCAGCCGAGCGCUUGAGCAGAAGGCCACCAGAGAGUGCAACUUUUACCAUGACCACGUCCAAGACUUGGAUAACUUCCACACAGCUGCAACCACAAGCGCCACCAAAGGUACCAGAUCCAGAGCCAGUGCCUUUGGUGCGGCAGCAGCAGGCAAUGCAGCCGGAGACUGUAACACAGAGUAAAUCAGCAGAGGCUCAAGCUCAGGCUCAAGCUAAGACCCUGGCUAAGGAUCAGGCUCAGACUCAGGCUCAGGCUAAAUCUCAGGCUAGAGCUAUGGCUCAGGCUCAAGCCCAGCCCCAAGCUGAGGCUCAGACUCAGGCUCAAGCUCAGGGCGAGACUCAGUCCCAGGAACAAGCUGAGGCUCAAGCUCAAGCUAAGAGUCAGGCAAGGGCUAACGCUCAGGCUCUGGCUAAGGCUCAGUCCCAGGAACAGCAACAGGCUCAGUCCCUGGCUCAGCCGCAGGCUCAGUCCCAGCAACAGGCUCAGGUUCAAGCUCAGGCUAAAACCCAGGCUCAGGGCCAGCACCAAGCUGAGGCUCAGACUCAGUCUCAAGUUCAGGCCCAGGCCCAGGCUCAGACUCAGUCCCAACUUCAGGCUCAGUCCCAGGCUCAGCCACAGCCCCAGCCACAGUCUCAGUCUCAGGCAGCUCGAGCCCAGUUCGAGCGGGCCGCUGUCCAGUCAUCCGUAUUGACGCCACCGGCCAUGACCUGCAAUCAACGACGCUCCACAUCCUAUACACAGCUGCGGCCGACGCGCAUCAGCCAGCCGAAGCCGACGACGGCACAGGCGCAGAGCACCACGGCGCUGCGCGAGGAGUUGCAGCUGCUGCGUGUGCAGCGGAGCGAGGACAAGCUGAAACUGCUGGAGCUGGAGCGCAUCAAGAUCCACAACGAACAGCUGCUGGAGUUCAAGUCGCAGAUCAUGACGCAGCAGGUGCUGCUGCAGCGCGAGUUGCAGCGCUGCCGGCACGAGCAGCGSGAGUCGCUGGAGCUGACGGCCAAAUAYAAGCGGGAGCUGGACGACGUGGCCGAGAGUGUGGAGCUGCUGACACUGGACAAGGAAAUGGCYGAGGAGCGUCUGGAGACGCUGCAAAUGGAGCUGGAGACGCUGCAGGAGCGCAACGAUGAGYUCAGCCUGGAUCUGGAAAUACUGCGUGCCGAGCAGGAGCAGGACCACAACGAAGACCAAUGCCUGGAGAAGACGGAGAAGCAAUCCACGAACACGACGACGCUGCAGUCGACGGGCGAGCUCCUGCGCCUCGAGCAAUAUAACCAGCGACUGCGAGAGACGGUGGUCCGACUGCGAGACACCCUGGCCCAUGAGAAGCAGCUGGCGCAGCGCACACACAAGGAGCUGGAGACGAAACACUCGGAAAUCAACGAGCUGAAGAGCAUCAAAGAGCUGCAGAGCCGACGCGUCGAUCAAAUGGAAAUGCAGCUGAUGGACCUGAAGGAGCAGGUGGAUGCUUCACUGGGCGCUGAGUCCAUGGUCACGCAGCUGGCCACGCUCAAGCUGGAGCUGGAGGAGCGUGUGAAGCUGCUGGAAGAUGAGGUCUCCGAGCUGGAGGCGCUGGAACAAAUACAGGAGCAGCUCAUCGAGAGCAACCAGGAGCUGGAAUCGGAUCUGCGGGACGAAAUCGACAAGCUCAACRGCCAGGUGAARUCGCUGGAGCAGCARAAGAACGCCGCUGUGGAAAGCCUCUACGAUCGUGAUGUGACCAUAUUGAAGUUCAGAGAUCUGGUGCGUCAGCUCCAGGAGCAGCUGCAGCUGAAAUCAGACGGCGGCAAUCUCUCCAUCGAGGACUUCAGCAGCGCCAAUGAAUCGCAGCAGGAGGAGACCUCCCAGCAGAGCCUGGCCGACUACCAGCACAUCUUCAGCGUGAGCAAGGCCUAUGGACGGGCAUUGGAGCAGCAGCUCAAGGCUGUCGAGCUGCGACUCGAGCGCCAGCAUCUGGAGCACGUGCUGGCCUUUGUGCCCGAGCAGUUUCUCCUGCGCGGCGGUGAGCACGACGUGGUGCUGGUCAUGCUGCUGCUGGAGCGCAUGAACGACAAGCUGGAAAUCGUUUGCCAGGCCAUCAAUGAGAAGUUUCCGAAUGCCUGCGAGUUCGGUAAGUUAAAGCAGGGAUAACUAA